UUGCUGUAGAAACGGCGUCCAUGGCGGUGCCUAGACAAGCGUCCAGCCGCAGCGUGCUGCGUGAGGAGGCGGGAGGCGCUGCGGACUCGCCGGCCACUACACGGAUGCCCGGGCUCGCAGGGUCGCCUGGGUCCCCCGAAGUUCUCGCGUUACCCGCGCAGGUCGCCGAGCCUCCGGAGAAGAACCUGUGGGAGCAGAUCUGCGAGGAGUAUGAAGCCGAGCAGCCUACCUUUCCGGAAGGAUAUAAAGUGAAGCAGGAAGCUGCCGUCACGGUGAGCUCCGUCACACCCUUGGAGGAACUGGUUCCUCAUGGCUUCAACAUGGAGCACUAUCUCCCAGUGCAGCAGUUCCCAGUGACGCCUCCUGUGCCCUGUCCUCCCAAGAAGGCAGAAACAGUCGAGCCCAAGGCCUGUUCUCCCAGAGAUUAUCUGGAAAUGUUUAUCUUUCCAGUUCUGCUCCCCGGAAUGGCCAACUUGCUUCACCAAGCAAAGAGAGAAAAAUGUUUUGAGAGGAAGAGAACCAAAUUCAUUGCCUGCGAUUUCCUGACUGAGUGGCUGUACAACCAGAAUCCAAAGAGGGCAGGGGAGCCAUUCACAGAAUUCUUCUCCAUUCCAUUUGUGGAGGAAUGGCUCGCGGACCACCCGAGGCCUCCAAUCCCUCUCUCCCUGCUACUGACAGAAGAAGAAGCAGCAGUCAUGAUCCAGGCCUUCUGGAGAGCCUAUCUGGUUCGCUGUGACCCUGAGAUUCAGGAGCUGCGGCAGUGGCAGAAGAAGCUGCGUGAGGACAAGCACAUCCGCCAGCGUGUGAAAAUGUUCUGGGCCAAACAAGAGCAGAAAAUGAAAUGUAAAAUGGAGGACGAGGAAGAAGAGCCUGCUGCCUCAGUACCAAAUCCUUAGCCGGUGUCAGCCACUCCGUGUGGAAGGAUGGUGCAUCCAAACUGCACUUUCCCUGUGACGGCGUCUUUAGCAAGCCGUAGUGUGGUGGAUACACAACCCUUUGCACACGAGGUAGGAUUUGUUGCAGACAAGCUGAAGAAGUUUAGUUUCCUGCCUUGCCCGGAAUGCUACGCUUUCACGUGACCAUCUUCCCCGAAGUUGUUGACAUGCCUAGUGACCGUGACCUCUGACACCCGUUUCCCCACUUUUGCCAGGAUCUGUAUUUUAACUUACCUCAGAGCCCUCUUAGUUUUGUCUUGGUUUGGGGGUGUUGGGAUAACAGAUGGGGCAAGGCUGUAGCCCUACUGAGCUGUUUCCAGAGGCCGUUGUCAGGAAGGAUUCCCAGUGUUACAGCCCCAGAGUAUAACAGCAGCGCCCUGUUAGCUUAAUGGUCCACAUUGGUUCUGUGGCUGCGGCUCACCAGGAUUCUCCCAUUCAAAAGGCCCAGACAUGGCUGACAGCCUCCUCCGUAGGUCUGACUGACAAGCUACCACGCGUCUUAGGUAAAUAGUAAAGCCUUUAUUUUCUUGUUAAGAACAGCAUUUUGAAAAUAAAACCUAUCUGCCCAUGCUUAACAA